GUGUUUGUCCAGUGUUGUGUAGUAACCACGGCACAUACGGCGGUGGACUGUGUCACUGUGAGGUGGGCUGGAAGGGUCGGGAGUGUGACAUACCUGAUACUGACUGUGAGGUGCCAGACUGUCAUGGGCAUGGCACCUGUGUGGACGGCACCUGUGUAUGUCAACCUGGCUGGAAGGGCGACCACUGUCAGACUGUGGACUGCGUGGACCCGUCGUGUGGAGGACGGGGAUGGUGUGUGGACGGGCGGUGUGUCUGUCGUGAUGGUGACUGCUCCACGGUAGACAUGGUGUUCACAUGUCUCCCUAACUGUUCUGGUCAUGGCCAAUAUGACCUCCACACCUCCGCCUGUGUUUGUGAGCCAUACUGGACCGGUGCUGACUGUGCUGAAGAUCGAUGUAACGUUGUGUGUGUCCAUGGGGAGUGCGACAAAGGUGGGUGCGAAUGUGAGGCUGGGUGGACAGGUGAUCGGUGCGACCAGAGGGCGUGCGACAGUCGUUGUAAUCUCCACGGACAGUGUCACAACGGUACUUGCGUCUGUGUGCAGGGAUGGAACGGCAGACACUGUACUAUACCUGGGUGUGUGAAUGGGUGUUCGGGCCACGGCAUGUGUACCACGGUGGACCGGCAGUACCUGUGUGAGUGUUCUGACGGCUGGACCGGUCCUGACUGCUCGGUCCAACUAGAGACCAGAUGUAACGAUGAGAUUGACAAUGACGGAGAUGGACUGGUGGACUGCUCGGACUCAGAGUGUUGUUCCACAGACGCCUGCACCGACCACGUCAUGUGUAUGGUGUCCAGUGAUCCUGUAGAAGUGCUCCUCCGUAAGCAGCCGCCCGCCGUCACCGCCUCCUUCUACCUGCGGGUGAAGUUUAUCAUCGAGGACUCCAGUGUUCAGAGCUUCGCCCAGAAAGACGAGUAUAGCGAAAGUCAGUUUUGGAGCUCCUACAAUCCUCGGCGGGUGGCGGUGAUCCGUGGCCGGGUCGUCACCCCUCAGGGUCAGGGCAUCGUGGGAGUCCGGACCAGCGUCGACAAGGAGUCCAGGUUCGGCCUCACAGCCACCAGGAAAGGAGGAUGGUUCGAUGUCUUGGUGAACGGUGGGGGAGCGGUCACCUUACAGUUCCAGAGAGCGCCGUUCGAACCCCUGACGGUAACAGUGCCAGUGCCAUGGAACCAGAUCGUUGUCCUUGAUCCUAUCGUGAUGAGACUCAAGGGCCAGGAGACACCGGAUGACCAUGCUAGCGGUGAGGUGGGAGGAGGAGGUGGAGGAGGAGGAGCACCUGGCUGGGGUGAACCUUGCCUUGAGCACGACCAAAGCGUGAUGGUGCCUCAGGUAGUGUCCACGUACUUGCCUCAUACUGUCGGCGGCGCCCCUCACCUGCCCGUCGUCUUCACCGAAACUCAGGUCGUCCAGGAGUCGUUGCGAGUCCCUGGUAGUGACUUGCACCUGCUGUAUCACUCCAGCAGCGUCUCCGGCUACCUCUCCACCCUCCUUCUGCAGCUCACGCCUAUGGAGGUCCCCGCCGCACUCUCCAUGGUUCAUCUCAAGGUGACGCUUGAAGGCUCCGUGUUCGAGAAGGUGUUCGAGGCUGAUAACAUCACCUACACCUUCACCUGGAACAAGAGAAACGUUUAUAAACAGAAGGUAUACGGGGAGGCCACGGCGCUGGUGUCUGUAGGCUACGAGUACGUUACCUGCUCCAGUAUCCUGUGGGAGACCCUGACGGCGACCCUCCACGGCUUCCACAUGGAUAUCUCUGACGUAGGCGGAUGGAACCUCGACAUUCAUCAUAUGUACAACUUUGAGGCUGGUCUGCUACAGCGUGGGGACGGGUCGACUAUGAGUCUCCGGGAGGCGCCGCGGCUGGUGUCACCUCUGAUGGGGACGGGAUCACAGCGUCAGAUCGUGUGUCGUCACUGCUCAGGUCUGGCCCGUGACGCCCAGCUCCUCACACCCACCAGCCUCGCCUCGGGUCCUGAUGGCUCUGUGUACGUCGGGGACUUUAACCUACUACGGAGGGUCACCCCAGAGGGCAUGGUGUAUACACUGCUUCAGCUCAGCGCGACGCAGGUGUCCUAUGGUUACCACAUCGCGGUGUCGCCAGCGGACGGGCAGGUGUACGUGAGUGACCCUGAGAAGUACAAGGUGCUGCGGGUCCUCUCCCUUACUGACGUCACGGAGCCCAGCACCAACUCUGAGACUGUCGCCGGUAACGGGGAGCGUUGCAUCCCAGGUGAUGAGCGUCACUGUGGGGACCGGGGCGCGGCGCGGAAGGCUCGACUGGCACACCCUAAAGGCCUGGCCAUCGCCGCCGACCGCACCAUGUACAUCGCUGACGGUACAAAUAUUCGCAUGGUGGACCCUCAGGGCGUCAUCCACACGUUGAUAGGACACCAUGGCCACAAGACCCGCUGGCGGCCGCUGCCCUGCUCGGGAGGUCUGCCGGCCAGCCAGGUGGAACUACAGUGGCCAACUGGCCUCGCCCUCUGCCCCCUCGACGGCUCUCUACAUAUCCUUGAUGACCACGUUGUCCUCCAGGUCACCAGUGACGGCACCGUCCGUGUGAGGGCCGGCACACCCCUCCACUGUCCCUCCUCCCCGGACAAACCCGCCGUCGGAACCAUCACUGGGCUGUCCUUCGCGCCCUUUGGCUCACUUUUCCUGACGGAGGAGGACGCACACAAGCGCCACGCCGUGUUGGAACUCACGCCUGCGGGUCAACUCAAACACUUCGCUGGAGCCAAGCCGGAGUGUGGCUGUGUAGACGAGGAUUGUACCUGCCCUGUUGAUGACAAGAUCCCUCUCUCCACGACCACGGUGCUGGGGUCUGUAUCAGCCAUCACGGUGUCUCCUGACGGGGUAAUACACGUGGCUGACCAGAAGGCCCUCAAGCUCUUCAGUUUUAUCCAUUACCUCCCUCCUGACGACCAGAACGGCGACUUUCAGGUCGCUUAUCCUCGCACCAAUGAGCUCUACGUGUUCAAUCGGCACGGUCAUCACGUCGAAACUCGGGACCUGGUGACGGGCAGGACUCUCUACUCCUUCCUGUACUCCAAGAACACCUCUUUCGGCAGACUCUCCAAGGUCACCGAUUCCUCCGGGAACAAGGUCAUGUUCCUCAGAGACUACACCUCCGCCGUCAGCCAGAUCGAGAACACAAUGGGGGAGAAGUUCGCUGUGAGGAUCAGUCGUUUGGGCCUGAUGACGAGGUUCUCCGAGAGGCCGGGACGUGUCUACGACUUUACCUACGACGACGACACCGGCCUUCUGGUGGCCUCUACCUCCCCAGGUCGCCUCACCAAUGUGUACGAGUAUGAUGAAACGGGCCGUCUGGUGACUGUGGUGGCGCCCACGGGCACUCGAGUGGGCGUGGAUUCGUGGAUGGGCGGUGAGGGGACGCACAGGAGCCUGAGUGUGGGCGUGGGUGGCAGCCAGGGACAGCACAACGCCCACAUCCUCACCAUGACAAGCAACACGCGGGCGGUCUUCACUCAGGGUGACGUCCGGUCUGACCUACGAGUGGGCAACGAUGGCUUGCCUCCCUCCUGCCUACUAGAGGUGUCCCUACCUACCCAGGCCAGUCUCCUCCCGGCCAUACACCGUUACGAGGUGGCUAUGGCCCCUGGACCUCCCAAUGCUCUCACCAUCAGCUACGGCGUCGGGGAUCGUAGUCGGCAAGAGAGAGUGGUCGAGACUGUGUUGCUGGUGAACGGAUCGAGGGUGUUGCGACGCGCUUGGGACGGGACCAGUCGCACGGAAACACUGACGGACGGAGCCAGCCAACCUCUCCUACGACUGACGUACGACCACAACGGACACCCGACCUCUCUCACCCUGGGCGACCGUCUCUCCUCCCUCAACGUCACAUACGACAGGUUCGGACGGACGGAGGCGCGUCAGUGGGACUGGUCAAGUGAGACUUAUCAGUACGACGAGCAAGGUUUACUGUCAAGUGUGUCCUCCCACACCGCCCACACCAACAGCUACACAUUCGGCGAGACCAGACUGCCUGCCACGAUGACCCUACCAUCUGGCCGCUCUUGGAGGCUACAUUAUGACGAGCGGGGAGGCCUCAAGUACGUCACCACGCCCACAGGAUCCGCCCACUUCUUCUCCAUGCAGCCGUCCUUUGGUUGGUUCGUGUUCUCCUACACGCCCCCGGGCUCGACACACUCCUACAAGCAGUACCUGGACCACGCAGGGCGGCUCUUGCUCACCGCCUUCCCCGCAGCCUCGGCAAAGGUCCUCUACACGUACACGGAAGCCGGGCAGCUUAAAGAAAUUGUUUCAGGUGAUGGCAAGACUGAGUUUUCCUACGGGAGUGACAGCCUCUUGUCGGAGAUCAUGCAUGAGGAGGUAGACCUGGAGUACAAGAUGGACAUGCUAUACAACGGGAGGCUGCUGCAGGAACACCGCAUAGAUUACGGCCCCAUCACAGGGCUCAGCAACGUUAAGUUCACCUACGAACACGACUCCAACUUCCGGGUUACGAGCUGUGCUGGUCGUAUCGGUGGCCAGAGCCUGCAUCCCUUCCCCUUCGCUUACAGCUCCUCUACCGGCGGGCCCUCACAGAUCGGACCCUUCACGGUAACUCGGACGAAGCUGAACGAGACGACCAUACAGGACGGUACUGCCAUCUUCUCCCGGCAGCUUAACUCACACCUCCAUGAGGCUCAGUCGUCCGUCACCAUCCACAGUAUGGAGGUGUUCAAGCUCCAGAUCUUCUACAACCCCGACGGCAAGAUCACCCAGACUAAGACCUUCACCCGCAACUACCACAGUAAACCCUACACCAACACCCGCAACUACACCUACGACGCCGACGGCCAGCUCAUCAGUGUAGAGGCCAAGGAGCCGUGGAGCUUCUCUUACGACGCCAACGGUAACAUGCUCUCCCUCACCUACUCCACCAACACCAUCCCCAUGAAGUACGACUCUCAGGACCGCAUCGUCAAGUUCGGGGAGGGAGUCUACCGCUACGACUCCAGAGGCGCCAUCGUGCAGAACGCUCGCGAGGUCACCUACCACUACAACGCCCGCGGCCUUCUCGUCAGAGCUGCAAAAUCAGGUCGCUUCAACAUCCGUUACCUGUACGACCACGAGGACCGGCUAGUGGCCAGAAAGGACAACUUCGGCAACGUGACGCAGUUCUUAUACACAGACCAGCGUCACCCGGACCAAGUGACGCACAUCUACAGCCCGCGUGACGGUAACCUCAUCACACUGGUGUAUGAUGACCGUGGACACAUCAUCUUCGCACAGGUGUACCGCAGGAAGUACUAUAUAGCGACGGAUGAGUGUGGGACGCCCGUGAUGGUGUUCAACCAGUACGGGGAGGUGGUCAGGGAGAUGAUGAGAUCUCCCUACGGUCACAUAAUGUACGACUCUAACCCUUACCUCUACCUCCCCGUCGACUACUGCGGCGGUCUACUGGAAACUCGUCUCGAGCUCGUUCAUAUGCCCAGAGGACGUAUCUACGACCCUCUUAUAGGUCAGUGGUUGUCGCCAGCUUGGGGUGACGUGCCACACAACAUCCUCAGCCCGGCUAAGCUUUCUCUUUACCGCUUCAAUGGUAACGAUCCCAUCAACGUUCACCUCACUCACUGGAAGAAUUACGAUUACAAGGCGUGGCUCUCUAGGCUAGGCUAUAACUUGGAGAGCCUCGCCCCUCAGCUAGCGUGGGCGUCCAGUACCCCAAGACCUCCACCCACGCUCUGGCAGGCCUUCACCCGCACGCCCAUCCUCCCCAUGCGUGCGGCCUUCUCCCCAUUUACUGACCAGGUAGUGGGCGUGAACUGUGUGAGUGGUCUGGUGCUGACGCUGGAAGAGGCCGCCCAUACCACCGCCCGUCUCUCCACACUAACGCCCACACGCCUCCGUUACGACUUCUGGCCUCACCGUCACAAGGUGGAGAUCUCGACGGUUCCUGGGCCCUUCGGUGAGGGGCUGCUGGUGUCCUCGGUGGAGGGGCGGGCCAUGGUGACGGCCACGGACCAGGCCAACCCCAUCUUUAGGGACGUCCUCACCUCCGUGUUCAACAACUCCCUCCUGCUGGACAUCACCCUCACCACACACAACACCCACGUCUUCUACUUCGUCAAGGAGAACUACUGGAAAGCCUCAGAAGACAUGACCCAGCUGAACCGCCUGGGUGGGGAGGUCAACAUCACCAUCCACGAGCCCUCCUCCUCCCAGCCCAUCACCCCCACCGAGGAAGGCAGCGACAAGUUCGUGGACGUCAAACUCCACAGCGCCUCCGCCGUCAUCCACAUACGCUACGGCACCACCAUCCUCCAGGAGAAGAAGCGGCUCCUCAGACACGCUAAGAAGGUGGCCAUCCGACGUGCUUGGGCCGAGGAACGAGACCGUCUUUCUUCUGGUCUUCCGGGGACGGUGGAAUGGUCCUCCAGCGAGACGGAAGAGCUAAUGUCCCGGGGCGCCGUCAGCAGCUACACGGCGCGCUAUCUCCACCCCCCGGAGACCUACCCGGCUCUCCUGGACGACCCCACCAACGUCCGUUUCUUCAAGGACACCAAAAGAACCAGACGGAAUUCGAAGACGCGGAGGAGGUCUCACAGGUGUCGUAAGUGGUGGAAGGGACUCUGCUAGACUCGGCUCUCUGCUGCUCCCUCCUGUUGUGCAGCUGUUACACGUAAGAAAAAAAAAGAAAAUCAGCUGUGAAGGGAGAAGUGAUUUUUGCAAGCUGUUCGUAAACACAGCUGCUCUAAAGGAGGGAGUGGUCAUGCAGCUGUUCGUUGAAAAAUACAGCCAGCUGCUGCAGAGGAAAGAGGAGUGUUUGGCAAAAAAUAGAUAAAUAGCUGGAGUGACUGUGCAUUGUAGACUCUGAUCAUUUCGUCCGGUUUUAGUUUUCCUCUCUGCUCAGAUAAAGAGAGAGUUGGAAGCAGCUGUGGCAGAGUCGUCCUGCUCCUUCUCCUCCUCCUCAUCACUUGUUGCCCCUCGACCUGUGCCAGGCGAGGGGCCAGACAGGUGGCAGAACGUGACCAGACUGUAGGGGGUUGCCCGCUGUCUCUUCCUCAGGUUAUCAAGGAGUUACAGCGAGGUUCCCACGUUACUUGUCUUAGACCUUCGAAAACACAAGAGACAAUGUCCUUUUUUUCUCUGAAUUUAAUAAUAAAACUUAUAUCAAGCUAAUUAAUUUUUAGACUUCCAUGAACGAUAUUUGGGGGCGUGUGCUGGUGAAGGUGUGAGGACCAAAACGUAUAGAACAGACAGUUACUUACAUCUCCUCUUCGACGUCCGUUCACUAUGGAAGUUAAGGUGUGGCCGAGAAAGGUGGUGAGUGUUGUGUCUUACAGAACUGGAACUCUGAAAAUAAAAUCAAACAGUCGUGUACGCAGCAGUGUUCUUAGUACCCUGGGCAAGAUAUAUCCCUGCAGUGGACACCCGUGACCUGAACUAACUGUACACGAGAGGUUUAUGAUGUGUUGCAGCCUCCAGGUGUUCUUGUCCUGAAGGUUCCGCCACACUGCUACUCUAUACCAGGACGAAGACUGCAUGUGAUAAUCAAUUAUAUAUGAAGAAAAAAGAAUGCACGAUUUUUUUUUGUCUUUUACAGUCUUAGAAAUUAACGGAAAUGUCUGUUUGAUUAAAGUGCGAUGCUUGGAGGUUUAGGUUGACAGUUUAACUGAAGGAAAAAUCAUAAUAUAAAUAAUUAUGUCCAACACAACUUUGCUACAUGGAGAAAAAAGUUGACAGGACAUGUUUAGUGCAGCGGACCUGUGAGGUACUCCUCUGGCGGGAGAGUGAGUGUGUGUGUUCGUGUGUGUGUGUGUGCUGCUCAACAGAGGGAGCCAGUUAGCGCAGUGUGGAGAGUUGUAUGCUAAAUGAUACUCACAGCAACACCACCUGUGCGGCUCUCAGUUCUCGGGCUGUCACCUCCUGCUCUCAACUGCUCGGAUGUCAGCUUCCCCGGCUGUCAACUGGCCUGGCCUCCUGUCAGCUAUUCGGCUGCCGACUGACUUCCUGUCAGUUGCCCAUUUGUCAGCUGUCUACUCCACUGGUGUCAGCUUCUCGGCGUGCUAUCAUUAUCCCCAGUGCCAGCCUCCACCCGCCGCCCCUUGCACCACCACAAGAGGCCGUCACUACACACUCGCUGUUACAACAAAACACUUGUGAACGAAUUAAUAGAGUUAGACGAGGAGUGGUUGUUGUACGGCGGGUCCCGCUAGUCCCAUUCCUUCACUUAGACACCAUUGAUAUCAAAGAGCUUUUUCACAGUAGAACUACACACACCUAUAUAUAUAUAUAUAUAUAUAUAUAUAUAUAUAUAUAUAUAUAUAUAUAUAUAUAUAUAUAUAUAUAUAUAUAUAUAUAUAUAUAUAUAUAUAUAUACAGACGUAUAUAAACACAUAUAUUUCCACACAUAUAUAUGUAGAUAUACAAUAUAUUACAAGAUAGAGUAAUCCUGCAGAGAGUUAGCUAUCCUCUAGGCCAGUUAGUUCCGUCUCAUCACCACCGGCGCUUCUCUUUAGUAAACAUUAUAAAAGAUGGAAUUUUAAACUUUUCAUAAACAAAUAAGGGCGACCUUUUCCACUACUACGAGAGACGGCAUUAUUACUAUUAACAAAGUUCAUGUUAAGCCUCACUGUAACACCAGGCCUACUCGAGGUGUUCUUACAGCCAAUGGGAGUUUAUCUCUGUGUUGUGUCUCACUCUGGGGGGCCGCACCCCUCCCUGGACCCCUCACCACCCUCCCCUCAUCACCCCUCACAGUGCGAAGAGUCAGACUCUCAAUAUUUCUGCAAAUUAUUUUUUAAAAGUUUGUAUUUUUUCAGUUUUGUUCCACUUUGAUAUAAAUCAGAAAAUAUAUUGUAAUUUUUAAUACCGAGCCAUUGGCAUUUUAUCCGAGUUGGUGUAAAAUACAGAGUUCAUUUAUUUUGUUUUAGACUUUUUUAAUCUGAAGUGUUGUUUUUAUUUAGUUUAACAGAAAAGAAUUUGUUUGUUUUUUGUCAAAUUGGUCGGUGAAAAUGAAACACUUUGUCCAGUACAGUUAUUGUGUUGUUUUUUACAGAUUAUUUUUUGCAUUAAAUAAAAUUAUUGUUUCAAUAUUAUUUAUUUGAUUUAUUGUUUUUGUUUAAUUUGAUAUGACAAAAUUUUUAUUAUUAUUAUUAUUAUUAUUAUUAUUAUUAUUAUUAUUAUUAUUAUUUUUCUAUCAUUUAUUUGUUUUUUGUGUUAAUUACCAAAGAAUUCGUUCAAUAUUACCAUGGCCAGUACAGUACAUAUUAUCCUCUCUAUUGUAACUCAUAUCCCAUGGAUAAUGAAUAUUAUAUUCGCGAGGAACCAUUUUUAUGACUAAAAUAUCAAAGUACAAUUUAUUUGCCUUUGUUUGUGUGAAGAAAAUAAUGUGAAGACAGACACGGACAAACAUCCCUCGACACUCCUGUUCGGAACUGUCUCGAAGCCCAAAUGAGAUAAUUAUUUCAUCCAGGUUCGAGCAGGUCCGGAGACUCGUUCAGAAGCUAAGAGUCGGAUCUGUACCGAAUCCAAAUCAGAUAUUACAUCCAUUUUCGAGCAGCAGGUUCGAAGGUUCGUAUCCAUCAGUUUCGGAGUCUCAAGCCGUGUGUACAGGGAUUUUUGUUUGUGACUAGAAACUAUUUGGUUUUUGUGAGUUACGUUUUUAAGAGAAAUUUAAUGGUAAAUCUUAUAUGAGUUUGAUACUCACACCUUUAUUUUGUGAGGAAAAUCUGAAUGAUGCGAGACUUUCUGUUAUUGCCAAAAGAAGACUUUGUGUUUUAUAAUUUUCACUUCAGAGAUCAUUUCUGUAUUGUAAGAGUAAUAUUUUUUCGCAAGUGAAACUCCUUAAUACUUUGUUUAGUCAAUCAUUGUGACAACUUUGUAUUGUUCCUUGUGACUCAGUACUGUUUGCUAUUAAUAGUUAUUUAUAGUUUGUGCCAUUACUGUAAACUUUAAUAGAGCUCCCUUGUAAGAGCUCUUAAUAUUUUGUGUCAAUAACUUUGAAAAAGCUCUUUAUACUUUGUGAGUAGUGUAUAAUUUGAAAUGUCUUCUUCAUACUUUCUGUGAGUAGUUUAUCCUUUGAGAAAGUUCUAUAUAUUUUGUGUAUACUGUUUCAUUUGAGAGCUCUUAAUACUAUUGUGAAUAUACUUUGCAUGAGUACUCUAUGCUCUGAGAAAAAUACAUUUACUUUGCGUGAACGAUUUAUAUCUUGAAUAAGUGCUGCAUAAGUUGAGAGAUAUAUACUUUGUGUAAAUAUACUUUGAGAAAGCUCUUUUAUACUUUAA